AUGUCAGACAAAAACAAUUUAAAUAAACAACCAGAAUUUAAAGGAAUUUUCCAAUUGAAUGUAGGUUCAGAAAAUUUUAAAAAUCUUCUUCGAUCUUUUUUGCUUACUAAACCUUUGUAUAUUGCAACAUUAAUGUACAAAACAUUAAAAGAAUAUGAUACACAUUCUUUUUUGGAGAUUGUUAGUACACAAAAGUUGGAGGAAUUGAAAUUGUCUUUAAAGUUAAUGGCUGUGCUUUAUCCGAAAUUUAAAGGAAUUAAAUUCUUGAACUUUGAAACUGUUAAAGUUGACUUUAACAAAUUCUCAAAAAAUCAAAAAGAAUUUGACGCUAAGAAACUCAAACAAUUUUUAAAUUGGCGGUUGGACAUGAAUUGUAUUGAAAAGCCUCUAAUUGAAAAGCCAAAAUUUGUCGAAUGGAUCUAUAAUUCAACGAAGAAUUUUCUGUAUAAUAAAUGUAUAGAAAAUCCUCCAAAUCUCAACGACUACAUUGAAAUAGUGGAAAAUAAAAACAAACGGAACGAAUUUUUAAUUUUUCGUUUAAAGUGUUUGUUAGAGAAAAUAGAAGAAAAAUCCUCCUCCAAUAACGAUAAAAGAAUGCUAACAGAUAAAUUAAUUAAAAUUUUAAUUUUAUCUAAUUUUGUUGGAGAAAAUGUAACUGAUAAAAUGAAACCCGAAGAAAAAAAUAAACUUGUUGAAACAAUUAACAAAACUAAUUUUAAUCUUACUGGGUGGAAUGAUAAAAUAUUUAAAUACUCACUGAAACUUUUGUUGAAUUUAGGUAUUUAUUUAUAUUAAUUUUGAUUACUUGAUUGGGUUUGUGAGUGGACAUGGAGCAACUCCGUAAAUAGACUACAUAUUUUGAAAUAGUCGGGGAGCCAGCAAAAAAUUUGAAAACCCCAGAAACCGGAUAUUACGAGGCGUGGCUGAGUUUACGGGAAACGUAGGUUGCGGGGAAUUAGUGUUCGGAGAACGGUGUGAAACAGAGAACGGG